GUUCAUCUUCUGUGAUCGACUUCAUUCGCUCUUCCUUUCUUUAAGAACAUUUGCCAUUUCCGUUGUCUACGUGACGCACUCACCCAUCACCGCCAACGUCAUCUCACGCGUGCAGCGACGAACAGCCCUUUGCAAGCCGCCUCACACAACCGUUUUUAAAACUCUGCUUCCACCGUCGUCGACGCUGCUUCCUCUCUCUCUCUCACGUACCGCGGACGUCUACACACACGCACGCAUCUAGCAUCAUGGAGGGCUUCUAUGGACUGGAGGUUGCUGCCGGCAAGCAGGUGAAGCCGAAGAUCCCGGAGGAGUGCGCGCUGCGCGUGACGCAGCUUGCAGUGCCGGCGAACGCCGUCGGUGCGGUCUCGCUCGUUGUGUCCUUCGAGGGCAAGCAGUUCACCAUUGCGACGCUGGACCCCAAGAAGGGCGUGUACCAGAUGAACACGGACCUCGUCUUCACGGAGGCGCAGGACGUGUCCUUCGCUGCGCAGGGCGCCGGCGCGGUGCACGUGACGGGAUACGUGCAGCCUGUGGGCAACGACGACAUGAUGAUGGACGCGAUGGCCGGCGAGAGCGGCGAGGACGAUGAUGAGGAGAGCGACGAGGACGACGACCUGCAGGAGGCCUCGGAGCCGGAGAGCCACGACGCCGCCGCCGCCGCCGCCACCCCCGCCGGUGCGGACAGCGACGAUGACGACGAUGAAGAGGACGACGAUGAAGAGGAUGAUGAUGAGGACGAGGAUGAGGGUGAGGCCGAGGGCGGUCUGCCUGCGGCGGGCAGCGAUGACGACAGUGAUCUCGGCGACGACGAGGAGGUGGAAGAGGACGAGGAGGAUGAGGAGGGCGACGAUGAGAAGGGUGGUGAAGACGAGGAGGACGAUGAGGAUGAGGAUGAGGAUGAGGACGAGGAUGAGGACGAGGAUGAGGACGAUGGGGUUCCGCAGAAGUUCCAGCGUACGGAGCGCGGCGGCUUCCGCGGUGGUCGCGGUGGUGAUCGCGGUGGUUUCCGCGGCGGUGAACGUGGUGGCUUCCGUGGUGGCCGUGGCGGUGACCGUGGUGGCUUCCGUGGUGGCCGUGGCGGUGACCGUGGUGGCUUCCGUGGUGGCCGUGGCGGUGACCGUGGUGGCUUCCGUGGUGGCCGUGGCGGUGACCGUGGCGGCUUCCGUGGUGGCCGUGGCGGUGACCGUGGUGGCUUCCGUGGUGGCCGCGGAGGUGACCGUGGUGGCUUCCGUGGCGGCAGCCGCGGCGGCAACCGUGGUCGCUACUAA